AUGUCCCACGAUGGGGAUGAUGGUUCGCUUCAAGAUGUCAACCCAGAUUUACUGGAGUUGUGUAAGGACCCGGUGGCGUGGCGUGAACAGCGGCGGCGUGCGCUUCGUGAGAAGGUGUUUGGUCGUGGAACCGGAGAGGACAGUGGUAUAGCCGGGAGCAGGGUCGGCAACAUCGAUAGGAGCACCGCGGUAAGCGCCCUUGAUCCGCUGCCUAACACUCCAGGACCGAAUGGACCGACAAGAAAGUCAGCUGAGGAUCAAGAGGCAUACGUGUUGCAGCAAAUCAUGUCGCAUAAGCGGAAACGUGAAGAAGCCACCGCCAUCUUCGGCAACACUGUCGCAGUGGAGGCACCCACGGUCAAAACUUCAGUAAAGGAAAAAUUGCUGUUAAAGUUGCAGAAGGGGAAGUAA